AUGACCAUGGCCGCGGCCGCCAUGCCUUCCUCCGAGGCGUCGUCGUCCCCUUCCAACAAGCAAGCUGCUGGCGGCCUCCGAGGGCCGCGGCCGCUGCCGCUGAAGGUGUCGUCGUCGUCGUCGUCCCGGGGCUCGUCGCCGCCGACCACGACGUCCAACAAGGCGCCGUCCACCACCACCAAGAAGCAACCGGUGAUCGUGUACGAGCACACGCCCAAGGUCAUCCACGCCAGGCCGCAGGAGUUCAUGACCGUCGUGCAGCGGCUCACCGGCAAGCCCCCCGCCGCGCCCGCCACGGCAUCGUACGUGCCGAGCGGCAGCUUCUCGACCGCGAUGGCCGAGGAGGGCGGCGGCGACCCUCUCCUGCUCAUGCUCGGGCAGCGCCAGGCCGCGCCGCCGGCGACAGCAACGACGACGCUGCUGCCGUCCCCCAUGGCCGCCGGGAUGAUGAUGUCCCCGGGCUUCAUCUUCUCCCCCAACACCAGGCCAUCCAGGAGCUGA